AUGUCCGAAAAUCCACUUUCGUUGCAAGAUGAAACACAUCAAAAGGGCACGCUUGGUAGCACUCCGGCUAAAGAAAAAGAACUACGCGUGUCUGAUAACAAUUUUAACAUUUCGAUGGGGGUGCAGAAUGUUGAAAUUGAUAAU